CUGUAAUUUAAGUAUUAUGCCAAAAUUUCCUAAGGUUGAAGAAAAUACAUUAACUAUUGAUACUGCCACAGUAGAUCAAGAUAUUACCAAUACAUUAGUGAAGUCACCACUUUCUUCUCCUCGUAUUACUAGAAAGGCAGCAGCAGCUCUAGCUAUGGCCGAAUUAGAACUUAGCAUUCUAUUUAAAUUUAUCAAGUCUUACAAUGGCGACAGGGAAACUCUAAAUUCAUUCUUAGUAAACUGUGAUAACGCUUUUGAUUUAGCUACAGAAUCUCAAAAACCUAUCCUAUUUAAAUUUAUUCUUAGCCAAUUGAACGGGAAAGCGGAGGUUGCUUGUUCUAUUAAAGAUUUUACAUCAUGGGAACAACUCAAGGAAUUCCUAAAAACCCAAUUCAGUGAACGUAAGCACUAUUCGCACCUCCUCACUGAACUCCAAGAGAGCAAGCAAGGCCCGCAAGAUAAUGUAAGCCAAUAUGCCCUUCGCGUAGAGACCUACCUCUCACAAUUGUUGACCGAAAUAUCCUUGUCCAAUACUAAAGUAAAAGAAUUACCUGGCCGCACUGCAGCCAUGGAGGAUUUAGCUCUCCAUCAUUUCCUUAUGGGGCUUCACCCCCGAAUUUCAAACAUUGUGAGAUGCAGAUCUCCUAAAACAUUGAAUGAAGCUAUCAAUUUUGCCGUUUCCGAAGAGCGAAUUCAACAAACACUGUACAGACGCCCACAACCAGAAUCAAAACCUAAUAACAGUAAUGCCAACAAAUUUAAACCAACACAUUAUAAAUCAAGUAAUACAUCCCCAUCUUCAUACAAACCUUUUAACCCUGCAUCGCAAGCAAGCUCUAGCCUAUUUUGCCGAUACUGUAAAAUUCCCGGUCACGAUAUCUCCAUGUGUAAGAAACGCGAAUAUAAUAACAAUCGUUUCAAAAUCCCACAAAAUCCUAUAUCUAGCCAAAAUCCUUAUGGGGCAUCCCCACGUAAACUUCCUCGAAAACCAACCUAA